AAAGUUAGAAAAAAAAACCCAGCUGGUUGUGGGUCCCAUACGCCACCGUCGACCGCCGUCCUCCUCUUUCUCCUCCAUCCGACCUCCCCCGCUUCCUCUCUCUCUCUCUCUCUCUCUCUCUCUUAUCUCUCUCUCAUCUCUCUGUCUCUCUCUCUCUAUAUAUACUAUAGAUAUGUAUAUGUCUAUCUAUGUAUAUAUGUAUGUAUUUAUGUAUACAUCUGUUCAUAUUAGAGAUAAAUUUCACAAAGAGGUCUUGAAUUUGUAUUAGAGAUGAAGCAAUAAAAACAGCAAUAACAAAACCUGUUGUUAUUCCCUAAUUUCUCUUACCCCAACAAAAAUUAACUCUAAAAAGCAUUUGCUUUCCAGAUUUCUAGAGAGAGAGAGAGAGAUAUAUAAAUAUACCAAAAGCAAGUUUUUUUUUUUUUUCGUUUUUGUGAAACGCCAAUAACUGAAGCUCACAUCACAGACACCUGUAUGCAGAAAGCUGGAGAAAGAUAGAAAGCAUUGAUGAACUAACAAAUUCAUGUAGAGAAAGAAGAUUUUUUAUUGGUAAUUUUCGGCAUAAUUCGAUACAAAGGAGGCAGUUCUGUGUAAAUUCUUCUUAUCCACUCGUUGAAAAAGUUUCUUGCUUGGUGGUGAUCAAAGAAGAAGAAGAAUUCAAGAAUCUUGAUAAUAGGGUUCAUUCAGGGAUACCCAAAAGUUUUCCAUCUCUUUUGGGUUUGAUUCAAGAAGGCAUGUUGGAGGAUCGAUCCUUUUUUGUUUCAAGAACCUUCAACACCAAGAGCAACACCACCUGGGGUUUUAUGAGUAAUUUCACAAUCAACAACAUCGAAUCCCAUCAAGAAAAACGACCAUUAGAACAACUCGAAGAUGAAGAACCCGUUCACGCCCGAAAAAUCUCCAAAUACGAAAAUCUUGAACUCGGAUUAGGAUUUCACGACCUCGCCAUCGACCAAUCCAACAAUCAUCCCAAUCCCGAUUCCCAUUCCGAUUCCGAUUUCGAUUCCAGUUCUCUAAUCCAUGCAAUCGGACGAGACAACUCAAUCAGUUGUCUCCUCCGAUGCUCUCGGUCCGAUUACGGUGCUUUAGCAUCGUUAAACCGGACCUUCCGUGACCUCAUCAGAACCGGUGAACUAUACCGAUUAAGAAGAAAAAACAACAUCAUCGAACAUUGGGUUUACUUUUCUUGCCACCUGGUCCAAUGGGAAGCUUUCGACCCAAUUAACCAACAUUGGAUGCAUCUUCCCACAAUGUCAUCAAACACAUGCUUUCAAUUCUCCGAUAAAGAAUCACUAGCAGUUGGCACCGAGUUACUCGUGUUAGGAAAAGAAGUUCUUGAUCAUGUCAUCUACAAGUACAGCUUAUUAACAAAUUCAUGGUCAUUCGGGCAGCUAAUGAACGCGCCCAGAUGUUUAUUCGGGUCAGCAAGUCUCGGGCAGAUCGCGAUUGUCGCGGGCGGGUCGGACCCGGUUGGAAAGGUUGUGAACUCGGCUGAGCUUUACAACAGUGAGUCAGGCGAAUGGGUGACUCUUCCCAACAUGUUGAAACCAAGAAAAAUGUGUUCAGGGGUAUUUAUGGAUAAUAAGUUUUAUGUGAUUGGUGGGGUAGGAGGUGUUGACAUGAGGCCGUUGACUUGUGGUGAAGAGUUUGACUUGGUCACGCGGGUUUGGACGGAGAUUCCGAAUAUGUCGCCGGUGCGGGCUGCCACGUCAGCAACCACCACGGAGGCGCCGCCACUAGUGGCGGUGGUGGAUAAUGAGCUGUAUGCUGCUGACUGUGUAGAUAUGGAAGUGAGGAAGUAUGAUAAAAAAAGAAAAGAAUGGGAGACAGUCGGGCGGCUGCCCGAACGGGCAGACUCGAUGAACGGGUGGGGGAUCGCGUUUAGGGGUUGUGGUGACCGGGUUGUUGUGAUUGGUGGGCCCAGGAGUAGUGGGACCGGGUUUAUAGAAGUGAAUUCAUGGGUCCCACGAGACGGGCCGCCACGGUGGACUAUGCUUGGGAGGAAACAGAGUAGUAACUUUGUCUACAAUUGUGCUGUGAUGGGGUGCUGAAGGUGGUGGUUUUUUUUUUAUCAACAGAAGUUUUUUUUCUUAUUAUUAUUUUUAAUUUUAAUUGUUCAUGAAGAAAAAGAACAGAUUUUUACUUGACAUUAAAGAUUUCUUUAAGGUUGUAUUGUUUAAACUUGUCAUGUGUCUGUAUCAGGGUUAGAGGAUGUAAUAACUUGUCUUUGAUAGGUAGAAUUUUGUCAAAAUUGAUCUAAAAGAAAACAUACAUAUCUAUAUUGCUUCG